AUGUCAUCGGAGCAGGAUGUCAUGGAUUUCGACUUGGACUAUUUAGCAAUGCUGCAGGCCGUACCUCUCGAGUAUGAGUAUGGAAUGCAGAUAUACUGGGAGCCAACUAGCAACCCGUACCCUGAGCUCCAAGAUCUCAACGUACUUUAUACCCCAGAGCGGCUGGUUUGCUCAAAGUUUCAACAAGAGCUAUCUGCUGACUCGCACUCCCUCGAGUUUUGCUCCCAAGGCUCGGAGUACUACUCCCCAGAAAUGUUCUCGGCUUCCUAUAUGCAUGUCGCAACGGGCCACGAAGCGGUGGCAUCAAUCAACAGUGCCAAUAGGCAGUACACCGUCUAUUCGGUUAAAACUGCGGAGCCUAUUGGCACCCAAAGCGGCGCUCUUCCUGAGAUGCCGAAUCAUAAGCGACCGUUCAAACGUACAACGGCCCUCGCUUGUGUCUUCUGUCGCAAGCGUAAAAUCGCGUGUGGCGGACCAGUCCCAGGGGACAAGGCAUGCAAGUAA